AUGGGAACCACGAGGGAGGCUGAUAGGAUGAGAGCCAGAAUGGUAAAUAUCCUCCGGAACGAAAUGAGCAGACCAAGGGUCCUGACGCCCCAGGAAAAGGUGAUUGAAGCAUGGAAAAGGGAGACAGUGGAGUUCCUGAAGAGAAGAGGAAAAGAAAUUAUAAUUAUAAACUCUGACAAGGGAAAUAAAACCACAAUUAUGAACAAAGAAGAAUAUAGGGAAAAGAUGAAAAUAGUGGUGAAUGAUGAGAGGGUGUCAUUUGUGGGAAGCCCAACAUACAAUUUGGCGAGGUUUGUAGCUUUCCAGCUCUCUCCAUUGGCGAACAAUCCGUUAAAUAUCAAGAGUUCCGAAGAAUUAUCCACAUUUCUGACAGAACAGAGACUACCUGAGGGUGUGGUUCUCGUGAGCUUGGAUGUAGUCUCAUUAUUUACUAACGUCCCCAUUGAAUUAGUGUUAAAUGAGGUGGAUAGAAGAUUUGGUGAGAUGGAAGGACACACAGCUUUAGACAAAGAUGAACUCACAAGACUUCUCAGUUUUUGCCUUACCUCGGGGUAUUUCCAAUUCGAAGGUGAAUCGUACAUACAACUGGAAGGAGUGGCAAUGGGAUCUCCCAUCAGCCCCAUUGUGGCUGAUAUAGCUAUGCAGCGGGUGCUGGAGAGCAUUAUGAGCAAUUCCCCAUUGAGAAUCAUCUUUGUCAAGAAGUAUGUUGAUGAUUUGUUGGUGGCUAUACACAAGGAUGAUGUGCAACAUGUCUUGGAAAAAUUCAAUGAUUUCCAUCCCAGAAUCCAAUUCACAUUAGAAGAGGAGGUAGAAAAUAAACUGCAGUACUUGGAUAUGUUGCUUCACAGAUCACCAGAUGGACUCAUAAAAUCAGUAGGGUACAGCAAACCAUGCUCUUCUCAGAGGAUGCUAAAUUACCACAGUGUCCACCCAAUCAAUAUGCUUCUAAAUAUGGCCAAGAAUUUCACAAAUAGAGUAAGAAAUCUCACUACAAAAGAUGAUGAAAACCCGGAUGAAGUGAUCAAAAAAGUACUUAGGAAAAAUGCCUUCCCGGAACACAUUAUUCGAUCACUUUUGAGGCCGGAACAAGGACUCCGAGGAGCUGGAGGUACAAAUGUGGAAGAAGCUAGACUGAAUGAAACUAUGGAGUUCCAUUCGAUGAUAUACGUGAGGGGGCUAUCGGAGAGAUGGAAGAAUGCCAUCAAUAAGGCACCUGGAAACAGAAAAAUUGCAUUCAAGCCAACAGAGAUAGUGCGGAAGCAUUUCACAAGGGUAAAAGAUCCCAUACCGAUGGAGCACAAGUCAGACGUGAUAUAUGAUAUCCCUUGUGGGGGCUGCGAUCUUCAUUACAUUGGAACCACGGGGCAGCACCUUAAGAAUCGCCUCCAGCAGCACCGAAGGGACUGCAGGCCCCCAAUCAUCAAUGAACAGGCUUCGGCACUAUGCGCACAUACAUCAAAUACCGGACACAAAUUCAAAUUCGACGACACUAAAAUUAUUGAUACACAUAAACACUAUUUCAAAAGGCUAUUUUUAGAAAUGCUACAUAUCAAUAAAAACAUCACGAGAGUAGUAAACAGAAGACAAGAUAUCGAAAAGCUUUCAGCCGUGUACGCAGCUUUAAUUGGAAUCGAUGACGUCACGGCGAGAGAAUGA